AUGCAGCUCGUCAGCGACCUUCAGCAGCGGCCCAAGAAGGGGCGGCUGUCAAUUGAGAAAAGCAUCGUGCCCUUCUACGAUCUCUGCACUACGGUGCAGUUUGUCACGUUUCUCAUCCACACCGUCACGACAAUGAUCGGUGCCAAUCGCACCUUCACGCGCUCCAUCAUCGUCCAGAACAACUUUGAGCUCACGCCGUCCCUCGUGUACAAGACACACAACUGCUCCUUCAGCACGGUGCGCAACAUAUACGCCUUCAGCGCCGUCAACAUGACGUUCACCCAAUGCUCCGUGGAGGACGUCUUCGUGGAUCAAGCUAUACAGAUGCGACUCGCCAUCUUUGUGUGCGCUGCCACCCUCUGCGUUGGUGCCGUGAAUCGCAUGCUGGUCGAGUCUAAUGUGUUCGUCAUCAAGUUUCGCAAUUUUUACCUCUGGAAGGACAUCAUCUCCGCCACGGAGCUGCUGCUGCUCGCCUACGUCAUGCAGAUCGUGGCGACCGUACAAUAUCCAGCCCGUCUGCUGCAGGAUUACCUGCGGCACUGCGGGGUAAUGGCGAACUCCUACCUGCCCUUCAUCAGCACCAUCAAUCUCUGGGUGUUCGCUGGUGUCGGAUACCUCACCUACGUGGUAGGCCUUAGUCUGUAUUUGAACAACGCACUGCCCAAGUACGGCGUGAUGACGCCGCAGGAGAUUGAAGAGUACAAGGCGUGGGUGCGCAGUCGCCGCGCAGAGCAGGAGCAGGUGCGCAUGCUGAUUGAUGAGGCUAAGAAGGCACAUGCCCGCCUCCACAUGCUGAACAGCACCGAAUACAAGCAUGGUGAAAACAACACCCUUGCCCUGCCGCCGAGUAUGAUGGGGCCGAAUGGCCCCAUGUACGCAUACCCAUACCCCUACAGUCCCGCGUACUCCGGCUACGCACCCACAGCGCCGUCGAUGACGGCCGCAAUGACAGACCCGCGCCUGCCAGCGCCGCAGCUUUUCGGGGCAGGCAUGAUGCCGACACCUGGGCAACCGGGCAUGAUGCCAUCCUCUAUCUAUGACGGCGAGCAGCCACCUCCCGUGGGCCCGUCGCCCUACGAGGCGAUGGGGCCCCCAGGAGCGACGGCAGCCGUGUCCUCCUCGCCGGAGGGCGCCGUGUCUCUUCCCGUUAACAUGCCGCGUAGACGCAUUGUGCCUAGCCCCAGCCAGGUGAACCCGUCCAUGUACGAGUAG